AUGGAUUACGGACUGGGUGCAGUAAGCUACCCGAGUGCCGACGAUAUAAACCGGACGAACGUCUGUUGCCGGGACGAUGUUGCUGGAUACAUUGAUUGCAGCAGUCGCUAUCGUAGCAGCAGUGGAAACGGUGGCACUAAUCUUAGCAGCAGCAAUUGUAGCAGGAGUACUACUGCAAGGCAAAACCUGUCUAGCCGACCAUCGUGCCGGCUAGUAAGCCGUCACAUUACCGGUAGUGGUAGUUCGGGUAGUGCACUGUCGGUGCUUCCACUGGCAGCCACAAUUUACGGACGUCGUCCACUCUGUUCACCGUGCGGUAGUAGUUGUAGAGGUAGUAGUCGCUCUUCCCACUCCACCUUACCACAACGGGGCAGCGCUUGGAGGGGUUACGACUCGCUGCAAACAGGCGUGGAUGCGUCGGUUACUAGCUGGCCAUUAUUACUCCGCACGUCUACUAAUAACGGGCGCUCAGUAAGCGAAGGAACCCAUAUAGCUGCCACCGAAUACUCGAACCGACAGUACAGGAACCAAUACAUACAACAGGAGCUACACCGACAUCCGCAGUAUCAGCAGCAGCAGCAGCACCAACAACAGCAGCGACGUCGCCGACGGCGGCAGAUGAAACGCCCUCUAGCGGGUAUUUGCGAUAAGGGAAUUGUCGCCUUUCCGGACCAUAAACCAUCUUCGACCUACCGGCUGGGCGAUUCGAAAGCCGACUAUCAAGGUUUCACAGAGGACAGUAAUGCUGGCGAUGGUGGUAAUGGUAGUGUUGGUGGUAACAGCACUCAUCAUACGGGCACGGUCGUUUGUCCUACGCAGCUAGGGCCGGGGGGAGGUGGAGGUGGCAGUCGGUACGAGCAUCACUUGUCACGGCACGCCAGCAGUAUCCUACCAUCAAGUCUUGUCUCGUCGCCCGAUGGUAACGAUCUUCCGCACCACACGCAUUAUCAGCUGCACCAUCAGAUGUCCUACCAUAACAUGUUCACACCGUCGAGGGAGCCGGGCACGGCCUGGCGCUGCCGCUCGUGCGGUAAAGAGGUCACCAAUAGAUGGCACCACUUCCAUUCGCAUACGCCCCAGCGCUCCCUUUGCCCGUACUGCCCGGCGUCCUACAGUCGAAUCGAUACCCUCCGAUCGCACCUCCGGAUCAAGCAUGCCGAUCGGCUCAGCGCGCCCAAGUUUAGUAAUCCCCCGAACUGCAAGCUGCCGAUGUAA